UCGGCUUUGGGAGUAUGAAGUUGUCGGAAUUGAAUGUUUCUUGAUGUUGGGAGUCUUUUGAGUCCAUUGUUAUGAUUUUGUCUUUGUGAUUGACGGUUUGAAUUGGUAAAAAUAAAAGAGACAGGUUUUUGGUGAUUUUCUUGUGGAAAAAGAUUUAUUGUUAAGAGAAAGAAAUCUAUCAGGCUGGUUGACAUCUGAUUUUGAGGUUAAAAUUCGGUGAUGGUAGAGUCAUGAGUGAAAAGGAUGAGUUUGACUUCGAGUUUGAUGAGGAAUUCCUGAAAGAAGUUGAUGCCAGCGAGGAUCUCUAUUACACUCAAAAACCCCACGAUGACGUUCCCUCGAAACGCCGUCGCUUGGAGGCUCCCACCGAACCUCGUCAAUCCAACCAGCCUUUAUCCACCCGGAAACAUAAUCUCAUCAACAUAUUCUCGGACAAAAGCCCUCCCCGAAGCCCCAAGACCAUCCCAAAACCUUCUCCCAAACCCCCACCAUUUUUUGCACUUCCCCGAACCCCGAGAAGUCCUCGGAAGUUCUCCAUCGACUCGCCGAACCGUAAAAUCCUUCAAGAAAAUCCGAAUCCCCCAAGAAAUCGUUCACCCUCAGUCGAUAUCCUGAAGAAAACACUCGUCAGAAAGUUUCCAGGGCCAGCAGGACUGCUCCCAGACAAUAUCGACCCUUCGGCCCCCCCAGAGUCCCUGAAAACCUACCUUUGUCUUGAUGAGAACGACACCAACGUUACCAAUACCUCCCCAGAGAAGAUGAACGAAUUCUGCACUCAAGAAACGAAAAAAAUCUUCCUUGAGGGCGCCUGGAUGCGAAUGAUGGACAGUCUUCCGGGGAACUUCCUCGAUGGCUACGAUAUCGCGUCGAUCAAGGACUCGGACGCUGAGAGAGUACCCCGACUGGCAGUCUUGAUCCAGAAGAUUGAUCAGAGCAGUGGAAAUCCCAGGGUAACGCUCAAGGAUAUUUCAGGCACGAUGGAGGGGAUGAUGCACCGAGACCUCGCCAUUAAUUACCCGAAUAUUCUCCACUCUGGCGUUGUUCUCCUCCUUCAGGAUGUGGGUAUUUUAUCCACGAAAAAGACUUUCGUGAAGAGCAGAACCAUUAUCUUCUCCACGGACAACCUCAUCGCUGCAUUCUCCGAGAAAGACGUCGUUGUGAGGACUCCUUUCCUGGACGCCAUCACCAGGGGAAACUACGACCAGGUGAAGAGGCAAAGAGCUGCUGCGAGAGAUGUGAGGGGGACCAGAAGCAAAAAAAAGUGGGGAGAGCGAUUAGAUGAUAAAGUUGAUUCGUCACAAGAGAAAAUGGAAUUAUCUCAAGGACUGCGUGACGAGAAAUCAAUCGAUAAAUUAAAUACUCAGGAGCCAAAGGCAUUGAUCAGUGAAAGGAUAGCGUCGAAUGACGCGUCAGCGAAGGUGUCGAAUGUUAAUGAGGAUCGGAGAGAGCCCAGCAAAUUGCAGAGUUGCGAUGAUUUCUGCGAUGAGGACUUCAACUUUGAGGAUGAUUUGUUCAACCAGAUUGACACCAGUCAGUUUGAUGAUACUGGGGGUCAUCGAGACGAGGGGCGAGGAGCAGUUAUUGAAACUGUAGCGGUGAUUGAGAACAGAGAGGAGGAUUCGAGAGAAGGGAAGAAGGAAACCGGGGGGUUGGAGGGAUUUAGGGAUAUGUCUUCGGGUUUUGGUGAUGAUUUGUUGAACGACACCGAUUCGGACGAUGAGUACCUGUCGCAGAUCGAUCUCGACGCCAUUACCAAGAACGCGAGCUUAAAUAAUUGAUCAUGAGUGAGCUGUAAAUAUUACUAUUUUAAUAUUGUUGUUAGUGCCUUAAGGUAAUUCAUAAAUUUUUGAAGAUAA